AUGGCUGAUAAAUACAGAGGCUUUAUCUUUAUUUCCAGAUCUGAAAUAUUAGAGAACAUACAAAAGAAGAAAGAGCAAGAUAAAGAUCAGCCACAGAGUCCAAGUUUUCAACAGCAACCGCUACCCAAGCCACCUGAGAAGGAAGGCCACACACCGGACGCUCCAAGUGCAAGUCUAGUCUCUCAACAUGUUCCCACACAGCUUCUAUCCCCUUCUCACAGCUCGAGCACCUCAGUUCAGCCAAAGGAAGAUGCAAAAGACAAAACAUUGAAGGUUACAAACUCGACAACGAUAACACUUAUAGAAAAUAAUAGUAUAAAUGGUGAUAAAGAUAAGGAUAAUUUUCCAAAAAACUACUUCACAUUAGAGCCUAAAAACGACAAGAAAGAUGACCUCAAUAAGAAUAGUAUUACAAUAACAAGAACAGUCCCAAAACAGUCCCCUGGGUCGGGGUCGGCAGACAAAGCAAAAGGUGCAGCAAAGCCAGCCAAAAGGCCUCUGCAGUACUUAGAGACAUUGGCACAAAAGGCAGGUAUCACUACAGAGGACAAAUACGAAGCUGCAAACACACUAUUGGCAUUAGACAAGCAGAAUAACACUUUUAGAAGGCCAGAGCUUAAGCAGCCUAAGUCGGAACCAGAGACCCAUACUCAGGCCGAGGACUACAGAUAUAGAAAUCAGAAAGAAGAAGAUGAUAAGCUACAGAUACAGCAGCAGAUAAUUCAGCAGCAACAACAACAGCAGCAAUUGCAGCAGCUCCAGCAACAGCAGUUGCAGCAGCUCCAGCAACAACAGAUUCAACAGUUGCAGCAACAAGCGCUUCAGCGACAACACCAGGCUAUUCAACAGCAUCUGAAAAAUCAACAGGAUCAGCAAGAGUUGUUGCAAAAACAGUUCCAACAACAGCACCAGCAUCAGCAACAACAACAACAACAGCAGCAACAACAACAGCAGCAGCAGCAGCAACAACAACAACAGCUGCAACAGCAGCCUCCUCAGCCUAAGCAAGAAAUACAACAAUUACCUCAGGCGCAACAGGACUUGCAGCAACAAAAAUUUGUACAGGUGGUAAACAACCAGUCUCUACACACGCAACAGUUCAAUGUGCCUGGUAUUGGGGAAAUAAAUCUAAGUUUUCUUGCAUCGCCCCAGAACAACGUAAACCUGCUGUUCGACAAAAACCAAAAGACCGGUAUGAGCGGAGAGAUCAAAUCUCAAACGAUAACGGAAGGGCAGAACCAGCAGCAAUUGAGUAUGGCGCAACACGAUUCGAACCAGCAGCACCACCAGACAGUCACCGUGGUGUCGUCUAUGCCAAGCAGCAUGGGAACACAUCAGGUACAGCAGCAGCAGGCAGCGGCUGGUAGCAUACAACAGCAAGCCGGCGCUAGUAUAUCAACUAUGGGACCAAUUCAGAGUUUACCACCCAAUACCCAGCAUCCGCAGCAAUUGAGUGCGGAUUGGGGACACGGCCGUGUACAAGUGAUACAGCAACCGCUGCAGAACAGCACGUAUUUGCAGCAACUUUACAAUGCUCAAGGACCACUACUUAUGCCCGGCAAUAUUGCUCUCCAUCCUCAAAUCAACUCGCAACAGAUCCAGGUUAUUGCUGCCGGUAAACCUUUUCAGGGGAACCAGCUGGCGCCGCAUAUGCUCACCCAGGGAAAGCAGGUCUUACAAGGCCAAACUGCGUCGUUCCCUGGGUACACGACAAUACCCGCGAUACCCACGACCCAGAAUCAAACGUUCGUGUUCAGCCCUCUAGGCGUGAUCAACUCCCAGCCGAGCAUACUCCCAGCACAUUCUCAAGCUUCAGGAAUGAAUCAACAACAAAAACCGGGUGACAUUCAUAAGGUAAUGAGUGGCGGAAAGGUGACAACAGGCAAAGUGAACACUGGCAACACCCAGAAUGUUCCAGUACAAGCGCAGUGCGUUCAAGUCUCGCAGCCGGUGCUCGGUCAGCAGCCCCAAGCGCAGAUCAUCAGCCCGUUGCAGGCCGGUGGACAGAUGCAGUUUGCGCCGUGGCAGAUCUCGGGCGCUAUACCCCAAGUGUGGGCCGGCGGUUUGCAGGCCGGUGCGUUGCCGGCCGGCGGGCUCCUAGCCCCCAACUCCAUAUUCAUACGUGGCUCGCAACAGGACCCACCGCCCUCUAUGUUCAUUCAACACUCGCCACAAAACAAUGUGCAACAUGCCAGUGUAAGUGUGGCGUCGGCUACGGUUAGCACGUCGAAACCACGAGCCUCCACUGAUGGGAUCUCGAAGGCCCCACGGCCCCUCUCGAACAUUCUGCCUUCGGGUGGUAUUAGACCAGCCUCGAGUGUGUCAACGCAGACCAGUACGAACCAAGCCCAGAAUGCGGCGAAGCAACGCGGCAAGCCGGGCGUACGUUCGCCUGCGCCAGCCGCCAAGCAGGAUGCGGCAAAUCAGACAAACAAAAUGCAGCAUCAGAUACAGCAACCGAAACAGCAGUUACUGGUCAUGAACUCCAGCGGCCAGAUGACACAGAUAACAAGCGUCGAUAAGCAGUCGCAUAACAAGAACAUACAGCAGCAGCAACAGCAACAACAGCAGCAGGCGCAGCAGCAACAGCAGCAGCAACAACAGCAGCAACAGUUGUUGCAACAACAAGCCCUACAGCAGCAGCAGCAGCAACAACAGCAGCAACAGCAACAACAGUUACUGCAGCAACAACAAAAUCAGCAAUUGGUUCAACAUUAUCAGCAGCAAGGUAUGCUCGGCAUGACACAGGGAACAUUACCCGUUGGGUCUGUUUCACAAACGUUGCCCAUGGCUGGUCUACCACAGAUAUCAAUGGUACAGCAAAUCCAUCCGUUGGGUGGUAUGGGCCAACCUGGGACGCUGGUUAGCCAGAUAAACACUAGUCAGUCGGCGCAGAACGCUUCGCUGACACAAGUGCAGACCUUACAGCAGCCACAGACACUAGUCGGAAGCGGUCUCGUCCAAACCUCAGUCGGCAUGGCUGUACAGCAACCUUCAUCGCUUAACUCUACUCAAAUGCAACAAUCGGUGACAACGAAUAAUCUAAGUGCGCCACAGUUAACAAUUCAGGCGCCGACUCUCGGUCUUAUAACAGCGCCGGUGCAAGGUUCUGUAUUGCCGUUGCAGUCACAGAUGAUAACUCAGCCUAAGCCAGAAGAAAAGACGUUACCUCAACCGUCGGCCCAAGUUACCACCACGGAUGCUGCUACGGAACCAGCGACUACGACCAGUUCGACUUCACAAAAUGACGUCACUGUUUCUACUACAGUCACAACAGCGAAUACAUCUUCCGGCGAUAUUUCAAAACGCAGUCCGGUUAAGUCCGAGUACCCAUUGGCUAGUACCACAGUCAUGACAUCCACCACGCCGACAGCGACAUCCACCGCGCCGGGAAUUAGCAGCGUCCCAAGCGGUGUUGUUACGCAACCACAAGUAGUAUCGUCCACCUCUACAUCUACAACGGUUACGUCGACCGCUAGCACGUCAAUAUCUGCUGGAAGCUCUGGGGCUAUGUUUAAGAGUGGCCAAUGUACGCCAAGGAAUAUUAGCUCACAACAAGUUACAGACAAAGGUCUACCAAAGGCGAUGGUGAAGCCGAACAUCCUGACGCACGUUAUAGAAGGCUACGUUAUACAGGAAGCUGCAGAACCGUUCGCUGUAAAUCGGCCUCUUCGCGAGUGGAGCGCGGCCGAUAAGGACCCAGACAAAGAAAACAAAAUACCUUCGGAUGAACCCAUUCGCAAGAAACAGAAGUUGGAAAGCAGCCCCACCCUACCUCGCAUCUCAUCGAGCAACGAGACGAGCCCCAGUACCAGUCAAAGCUCCUCGAAGACCGAAUCGCCGACCGCUGAGGCAGCGGAUACAAUGCAAGAGGACGAAGCCUCCAAGCUUCCAAAUGCGCAUAAGUGGACUGUGGCGGAAGUGUGCGAAUUUAUACGUAACAUCCCCGGAUGCGCCGGAUACGCGGACGAGUUCCUCAUGCAAGAAGUAGACGGCGAAGCCCUGCUUCUCAUCAAACCGGAGCACCUCAUUCGCUGCGUCCGGAAAGCGAACAGACAUCGACGGAAAACAAUGAAUGAGACUGGUUUUUGGGUCCAUGGUAAACAUCGUGGGCCUGCCUCGAAGAGGCGCAACGUGUUCACUCCUAGCAUUACUUUCGAAUAUUAG